UCUAUGGUAAUCAAGUUACAGCUGAUUUCUCAUGUGAAAAACAAGGUAAGAUUUUUGGUUAACAGAAUCAACUUUAAUUGUAAAUGAUUGAUUGUUUUACUCUUAAUUGUGAUUUACUAUUACAAUUAAAUUUCUGUUAAGUUAAAUUAAUCAUGUUGAUUGUUCCAAGAAUCGGAUUAACAUUGAAAAAUCUAAGUAAAUGUGUUUUCAGUCAUUCUACUCGUUUCAAUGGUACUUUUGAUGGUUGGAGAGAUUGGAAAAGAUUUGAUUCAAAUGGAUUAUCAUCAAUAAUUACUUAUGAUCAUGUUAAUCGAGAAUAUUAUUUGGAUCCUGUUAAUCAAAGUGAAAUUAUUGACAAUAUAAAGAAACGAGGAUUACGUGGAUUUAAUCGAGAAUUGGAAAAGUGUACAAACCAAGAGGAGAUUGGAAAAUUUUUACAACAAAAUGUAAACAAUUUACCAAACCGAUUAGAUGAAAGGUGGAACGAUUAUACACCAGGAUCGGCCAUAGAUGAUUUCAUGGUGGAAGAAUUUGGAUCAACGAUCAUGUUGGAAGAGGAUAAAGUAAAGAAAGGGUUAAACAUCGCCAAUAAACUUGGCCUGGUCCAGACAAGUAAACAUGACGGCGUUGGUGUGGUCACAUCUGUACGGAGUUACGCUUUCCUUGCGGAAUUGGCUCAACUUCAUCAGGCUCUAAUUGACUGGACACUCGACGAGUUGAUGAAUAAAUUUGAUUUCAUUCCAGUUAUGGUUCCCAAUAUAGUCUAUGAAGAUACCAUCAGUGGCUGUGGAUAUCAACCAAGAGGCCGAGCAACUCAAGUGUAUAAAUUGUUAGGAUUUAACGGAGAUGAGCCUUGGACCCGAAGUAAUGAGGAUAAAUUUGAAGGGAAAAUUUGUCUUGCAGGAACAUCGGAGAUUCCGUUAACUGGUCUUCAUGUGGGUGAAACAUUCAAUGAGCAAGAUUUACCUAAAAAGUAUUGUACUGUUAGUCGAUGUUAUCGAGCUGAAGUGUCAAAGGUUAAAACGGAAACUGGAAUAUAUCGAGUUCCCUAUUUUACUAAAGUGGAAAUGUAUUCGUUAACCAGAGAGGAGGAAAGUUCUGAGAUGUUAUUUGAAUUUAUGGAAAUUCAGAAACAUCUUCUCUCUCAACUUAAUCUAAAAUGUCGGGUUAUUGAUAUGCCACCAGAAGAAUUGGGAUUAACGGCAACCCGAAAGUUUGACAUUCAAGUACUUUUACCAGGAUCUCGAAUGUGGGGUGAAGUUACUUCGGCUUCCAAUUGUACAGAUUUUCAAUCUCGUCGUUUUAACAUCAAGUACAAAGUAGUGGAACCAAAUUACGAAACCAAUGAACCAUUUGCGACGAAAUUUGUUCACACCGUUAACGCGACCGCUUGUGCCUUACCUCGGAUCAUUUUAGCGAUUCUUGAAUAUGGACAAACUGCCGAUGGAACCGUAGUAAUCCCGCCGGUGCUUCGCAAUUACAUGGGUAAAGAUUUGAUUGAUACAAAUAGAGAAUUAUUUUUAAGGUGAAUUGUUUCAACUAAUUUACUUGUGAUCACGACAAUUUCAUCAAUUGGGUGGAAACAAAAAUCAAUACCAUCGAUCCGAUUAGUUGAUUAAACAAAUUUCAGCGAAAAUUUUGAUUACCAAGAUAAAAUGGCUUCAUGGACGAUCAACUUUACAAUGAAAUGAAAAAUUUUCAAUAAAAAGAAACAACAAUUUAACCUUGAAACUGUUAAAUAACUGCAACAAUGAUUAAGUUAAUCAACUUCACCAUCGUCAUCAUCACCAUAGGCAUCAAAUUAUUGUCAUCAUCAUUAUGAAACUAUUAUCAUUAUUGCCUUUAAUCAUCUUAAUCUAUCGGACAAUUGUCGUCAUCACCCUAGUCUUGAUCUGAACUGUAAACUGUUAAUUUCUAACAAUCAAAAAGCCAACAAUUUACUAAUAGAAUCAAUUUUCUAUCUAAAUUUUUCCUUCUCGAUUUCACAGAAAAUCUGAUUACCUCGAUAUCGGGUUGAAGACGAAGUGGUUCCCGAUUAUUUGAAGAAAAAAUAUUCAAAAUUUUCUACUAAAUUGUCAAUUAAAUACCCAACAAUCAACUUAAAA